CGAACAUCCAACACAGACAGCUUCUACGCAUCUCAUACAACCAGUCUCUACAACAGUCUUCUUCCAGACCUCUCCCCACCACCGAUACAACUAUGCGUUCUCAAUCCAUCCUCACGGCAAUCUUGCCCCUUGCGGUAGUCGUUUCGGCCCUGCCAAAUGGCCUACCCAAGCCCGUCAUUGGAAUCGAAACACGUGGCACUGAGGGAACCGAUGCUGACGCGUGGAACUCGUACAAGCGCGGCACCGAGGGUACUGACGCUGAUGCCUGGAACUCUUAUAAACGAGGCACUGAGAAGACCGAGGGUACUGAUGCUGACGCUUGGAACUCUUAUAAACGAGGUACUCAGGGAACUGAUGCUGAUGCCUGGAACUCAUACAAGCGUGGCACUGAGAAGACUGAAGGUACUGACGCUGACGCCUGGAACUCCUACAAGCGCGGUACUGAGAAGACUGAGGGCACCGAUGCUGACGCAUGGAAUUCCUACAAGCGUGGCACUGAGAAGACUGAAGGCACUGAUGCUGAUGCCUGGAACUCCUACAAGCGUGGCACUGACAAGACUGAGGGUACUGACGCUGACGCCUGGAACUCGUACAAGCGUGGUACUGAGAAGACUGAGGGAACUGAUGCUGAUGCUUGGAACUCCUACAAGCGUGGAACCGAGAAGACUCAGGGCACUAAUGCAGACGCCUGGAACUCUUACUAGAGUUUCGAUUUACUUAAGAGGACGCAGCAGGAACCAGGUGCUAUAGAGCAGAUGGUUUGGCGAGAUUAGGCAAGAUAAAGAACAGAG